CUACCCAGCAGUGGGUUGCUGGCAUUAAUGCCUUUCUCCUUUUCUCUUUAUUUGCCCAAGUUUGUCCACUACCUCCAAUGGUGAGUCAUGGAGACUACAUCUGCCACCCACGGCCUUGUGAGCGUUACAACCAUGGGACGGUUGUGGAGUUUUACUGUGAUCCUGGUUACACCCUCACCAAUGACUACAAGUACAUCACCUGCCAGUAUGGAGAGUGGUUCCCCUCCUACCAAGUAUACUGUGUCAAAACAGAACAAACCUGGCCAAAUACACAGGAGACCCUCCUGACAACAUGGAAAAUAGUGGCGUUCACUGCUACCAGCGUUUUAUUAGUACUGCUACUGGUUAUUUUAGCCAGGAUGUUCCAGACCAAAUUUAAGACACAUUUCCUUCCAAGAGGCAACCAGGAGGGCUCCAUGGGUGACCCCGACUUUGUGGUGGUGGAUGGCAUUCCCGUCAUGCUGCCUUCCUACGAUGAAGCUGUAAGCAGUGGCUUGAAUGCUCUGGCACCCGGAUACUCAGCUACCACAGACCAGGGGCAUAUUUUGCAGACAGAAGAUCAGAAUCCUCCCGCUUACCCCGGCCCCGGGAUUACAGACACUCUGCCUAGCGAAUUUGAGACCUGUGACAGUAGGUCGGGCUCCUCUGAACUGCUCCAAAGUUUGCAUCCGUCCCCGGCAUGCCAAGCGGCAGCGCUUCCUGGUUCAGAUCGAACUGAUGUAUCCCACAGCGCUGCCGGGGACGCCGCAUCCACGAGUCCACGGAUCGAUAUUGCAGAUGAGAUUCCUUUGAUGGAAGAAGACCCUUAGCCUGCACAGACGCGACUUCGUCGUGUUACCCUGUUGGGUGACAAGAAUCAUGAAGAUUUUGAGAUAGAAAAGACUAUCUGUUGAUUUGGGGAGGGUAUUUUCCUACUUAUCAAUCUUCCAUGCAAAGACGUCACCAGAUUGGGUGUACAUCUUAAUUCACAGCAGGGAUAACAGCAUCAGCAUUUGGAGCAGCAGCAGUUUUAUGAAUGAAUCCUGGGGAUUUGAUGAGAGCAGAUGUAGAAAAAGAACUGUGGCUUUUUAGAAAUGAAAUGUGUAUCUGCAUCGCAGAAAGUCAUAUGGUUCUGUAAGAAAUGCUAUUGGAUUUUGAUACUAACUGCCUCACAAAAGCAUGUCAAAGUAUGUAAAUUUGCUUAUAAAGACUGCUUUAAAUGAUCUAUGGACCUCUAGUUUAUGAAGAAUCCUUACAAGUUCAAGAAAUACUAGUACUGAAACAGAAAAAAAAGAGGAAAGGUCCUCUUUGGCUUUCCUACGAUAACCAGGAAGCUUUUGAUUUAGUUGUUGGUGAUUUUGUUUCAGACCAUGUCUGCAGAAAAUAGAACAGAAAUGAUGGGAUUCAUAUAUACUUUGAUGUAUGAUAGAAAUAUAUAUAAAUAUAUAU